AUGCAAAACAAGUUAUUGUACUAUAUUGUGCCAAUCUUAUAAAUAUGCACUAUCACUUUUAUUGAUAAUCCUUGGAUGAUAUUAUGGUCAAUUUAUGUAAUAAUCCCUUUGCUGGAUGAGAUCCUUGCAUUUGACUACUUUAAUCCAAAAUAAACAAAAGAAUUGGAAGAUGAUAUUUCAUAUAGAAUUCCACUUUACUUAGUAGUUGUAUUGGAUUGGUGUUUGAUGUUUACAGUUUUGAAUCACCUGACUUGGAAUGACGUUUCAUGGUUCGAUACAAUUGGAUUAAUGUCCAUUUGGGGAGGACUCUCUUCUAACAAUUUCACAGUGGGACAUGAACUUCUACAUAAAGACACCAAAUUGGACAAGUUCCUUGGCACCUACACCUUAGUUAAGAGUCUAUAUUGCCAUUACAACAUUGAACAUGUCUUUACUCAUCAUAGAUAUGUUGGCACUCCUUUGGAUGCAGUAUCAGCAGAAAAAGGCUAGUCAUUACAUUCCUUUACUCCUAAAGCAAUAGUCGUGUAAUGGAAGGAAGCCUGGAAGCAAAAGGAGAAGAUGUAACGAUACACAAUCUUAAAUAUCUUAAUGUGCAUUUUAAUUUACAGGUUAUACUCAACCAAAGGAUUCAUCUUUUAUUUAAUACAAGUCUAUUAGAGCAUAGCCUAUUUGGAAGCUUCAAAUUACAUUGAACAUUAUGGUUUAAGAAGAAAACUGCUACCAAAUAAUCAAUACGAAUAGAUUAGUGAUCACCAUUCAUGGAAUGCUCCUCAUAGGAUUACCAAUCAUUUGUUGUUUAAACUACAAAGACAUAGCGAUCAUCACAAAUACCCAUCAAAACCAUAUUAAAUAUUAGAAAUAGAUCCUGAAAGUCCAAUACUGCCUUGUGGGUAUUUAGUAAGCAUAAUGAUUGCUCAAUUCCCAAAGGUUUGGAUGGACUUGAUGGAUCCAUUGAUAACAGGAUAUAGAUCCAAAUAAUUGUAUGAAGAGAGCAGAAAAAAAGUCAGAAGAUUUUUAGUGAAAUUUGGAGUCUUUGCAAGUUGUUUAAUGAUUUAUUCUUUAUAUGAUUGA